AUGUAUGGCCACCCUCUCAACAUUGUAACCAAGCCAAUGUCUCCUGUGGACAAAGAGAGAAUUGAUAGUCCAGCCUUAUCUAAAUACUAUGCGAAGCAAGAGAACAGAGAAUCCAGUCGGCCAGGCAGGACUCCAACCGCUUGCAACCCGCAGUCCCGGGCCGGGGAGGCAGCCUGCCCGCCGGCCCGCCCACCCCGCGCGCCCCCGGGAGCUGUCCAGACAGCCCCGCCCGCGCCUACCUGGGCUCUCACCCCGCCGUGCGGCCUCUCUGCCUCCCACCCUGGCCGCGGGAGCCCGGCUCAGGCCUGCCCCGCCGCCUCCCCGCCUCGAAGGAGCCCCGCGGGAGGCGCGCUCGCAGCCUCCUCUGGGCUGGCCAGACAGCGUGGGGCGCGCCGGGGGCGGCUCGGCCAGGCUCGGCGGGGCUCGGCGGGCUCGCCCCGGGCCGGGCGCCUGCAGGGGGCGCGGGGACGGCCCCGCCCCGCCGCCUUCCCUCUCCCUCCCGGCUCCCUGGAACCGCGCCGGGAGGAAAUGAUGUGUUGCUGCCUGGUUAAUCACAGCUCCAGACACUCAUUGGCCGAGCGCUCCGCAGCCACUUCCUUCUCCUCCUCCUCCCGCUCCUCCCGCUCCCGCUCCUGCUCUUUGCAGCCGCCGCCGCCGCCGCAGCCUCCCCCUCGGCGCUGGGGGAACUUUUCUACUCUCAGUGACCGACUCCCCCGCCGCCCCCCGGCCAGCCCCCACCCGGCCCGCCCCGCCCGCUGCAGUCCUCCCAGCCCUGUCCGCAGCGCCUCGGGAAGUUUAUUCCGCCCGCCCUCCUCCCCUUCCUUCUCCUCCGCCUCCUCUUCACCCCGCCUCCCCUCCCUCCCCCGGCUCUUUUCCCGGGGUGGCUGCCGCUGCCGCUGCCGCCGCUGUCUCUGCCAGGCUGCUCCUCGGCCAGCCGCACCGGCCCCAGGGCUGGAAAGCCCCUGGCCCCCAGCACCGGCUCGCCGUACCCGCCCGCCGCAGCCGCCGCGCCGCCGCCGCUCGGGGCCGGCCGCCCGCCCUCGGCCCCGCGGAGUUCCGGGCUCCCUCGCCGGCUGCACCGCCCCGCCCCGCCCCGCGCCGCGCCGACCUGCAGCGCCCGGCUGGCUAGCACUCCGCCUCCCCGGCUCAGCCCCCCGCCGCCGCGGGACCAGAGCCCUAAGCCUCUUGUGAGUGUCACACGGUCAGCGCGAGAACUACUGGAGGACUUCUCAUUGUUCCAGGAGAAUCCAGGAUCACCUCUCCCUCCUCCAGGGUCCAGGAGCAAGUGAGUGGUGCUCUGGGGA